AAUACAUGUGGUUCUCGUAGACAGGAUCGUUGGCAACGAUAUGUUUUAUUUAGUUGGGUUAGGAUUGGGUGAUGCAAAAGAUAUUACUGUAAAGGGUUUGGAAAUUGUUCGAAAGGCACGUCGAGUUUAUCUUGAAGCCUACACUUCCAUUCUGACAAUUGGAAAAAAUGAAUUGGAGAAAUUUUACGGAAGAGAGAUUAUACUGGCUGAUAGAGAGAUGGUUGAGCAACAGUCUGAUGAAAUUUUCAAAGAUUCAGAGACAGAAGAUAUAGCCUUUUUAGUAGUUGGGGACCCAUUUGGUGCCACCACUCACACAGACUUGGUGCUCCGGGCAAAGGAAAAGGGGAUAGCAUAUAGAGUGAUUCACAAUGCUUCCAUAAUGAAUGCUAUUGGAUGCUGUGGACUACAGCUUUAUAAUUUUGGAGAAACUGUGUCCAUUGUUUUCUGGACAGAAGAUUGGAGACCAGACAGUUUUUAUGACAAGAUUGCCAACAAUAAGAAAGGAGGCAUGCACACUCUUUGUCUCUUAGAUAUUAAAGUCAAGGAGCAGUCUAUUGAAAAUUUGAUGAGGGGCAGAAAAAUCUUUGAGCCACCAAGGUAUAUGACAGUUAAUCAAGCAGCAGAACAACUUCUAGAAAUUAUUGAAAAGAAAAAACAAGAGGGGGACCAAGAACUAGAAUUGACAGAGGACACAGUUUGUGUUGGAGUGGCCAGGGUGGGGUCAGACACACAGCAAAUAGUCUCAGGGACCCUAAAGCAAAUGACCACAGUGGACUUUGGAGGACCACUUCAUUCUUUAGUGAUAGCUGGACACUUGCACCCUUUAGAAAAUGACAUGCUUAAACUUUUUGCAGUUGAUGUCAACACAUUAAGUUGAUUAUGAUGGUGCUUUUUUUACCCUUAUUUGUCAAUCUUUUUUUCGUUUACUUUUAAAACAAGAUAAAACAGCCAGUUUUUAAGUGUAAUAUUAAAAUAAUUAUUAAUGAUCAGAAAAUAUCUUGAGAAAGACUGUCUUUUUGGUUUGAAGAAAUGUAGUAGUAUAUUCAGGUUCUUAACAAACGCAGUGUAUUUAGUACGAAAACACGAACACACUCGCGUGCACUCACACGUGACCAACUUACACCCUUGAAAACUAUUGCAAAUUGUAAAAAUAAAAAUUAUUAUUAACAAG